AUGGCAGGAAGACGAGAUUGUCGCGUAUUUGUGGGCAAUUUACCUGGUGGUGUGAAGCAAAGAGAUCUAGAAGAUAUUUUUUACAAAUAUGGACGAAUAAAUUUCAUAGACAUCAAAUUUACUAGAGACAUUCCAUUUGCGUUUAUUGAAUUUGAUGAUCCAAGAGAUGCACGUGAUGCUGUUCAUGGUCGGGAUGGGUAUGAUUUUGACGGAUGUCGAAUACGAGUUGAAUUAACCCGUGGUGUCGGACCACGUGGUCCGGGAGGUCGUCCGUUAUAUGGACCCGAACCACGCUCACCAAGACGUGUUCCGCCUCCGCGACGCAGUGGUUAUCGUGUUGUUGUAUCAAAUCUACCUAAUAGUGGAUCGUGGCAAGACUUGAAAGAUCACAUGCGUGAUGCCGGUGAAAUAUGUUAUGCUGAUGUUUUUCGAGAUGGAACUGGUGUCGUUGAAUACACGAAUUAUGAUGAUAUGAAGUACGCUCUGAGAAAGCUGGAUGAUACAAAGUUUAAAUCACAUGAGGGAGACGUGACAUAUAUUAGAGUAAGAGAAGCAAAUUCAUCGAGCCUCUCUCGGUCACGUUCGCGUACACCGCGUCGAAUACGUUCGUCUCCUAGAUACAGUCCUCUUCGUUCUCGAUCAAGGAGCCGUUCACGCUCGAAACGUUCUCGUCGUUCAAGUGCACGAUCUGUUACUCCCGUUCAUUCACGCCCGCGUUCACGUUCUAGAGUGAGAUCCUCUAGCAAAGAGAGGAUGGCUGGUCGUCGCGAUUGUCGUGUAUACAUUGGGAACCUUCCUCCUGACAUCAGACAGCGUGACUUAGAAGACUUAUUUUAUAAAUAUGGACACAUCAACUUCAUCGAUGUUAAACUGACACGGGGUGCUCCAUUCGCUUUCAUCGAAUUUGAUGAUCCUCGCGAUGCACGUGAUGCGAUUCGUGGACGAGAUGGUUACGAGUUAGAUGGUUGUCGUAUUAGAGUUGAGAUGACCCGUGGGGUCGGGCCCCGUGGUCCAGGUGGUCGUCCAUUGUAUGGACCCGAUCGUGGUGAACGUGAUCGAAGACCACCGCCUUCCCGUGGUCCACCACGUCGUAGUGGAUAUCGUGUCUUAGUUACUGGUCUGCCAGUAACAGGGUCUUGGCAGGACUUGAAGGACCACAUGCGAGAAGCAGGCGAUAUUUGUUACGCUGAUGUUUUCAAGGAUGGAACAGGAGUGGUUGAGUACACCCGACAAGAUGAUAUGAAAUAUGCUAUCAAAAAGUUGGAUGACACCAAGUUCAAGUCGCAUGAGGGGGAGACAUCGUAUAUUCGAGUCAAGGAAGCAGCAGUUGAUGACAGAUAUAGAUCUCGGUCACGUUCUCCACGGGGUUCUCCGAAAUACAGUCCGAGAUCGGCUUCUCGCUCUCGAUCUCGUUCGCCAUUGCAUUCUGGGUCACCUGCACGUUCUUCGCGCUCACGAUCACAAUAA